GUGAUUGUGUUCACUGUACACACCGCGUCAUAAAUAACAGAACGGUGACCAAACGUGAAACCGAUUAAUAUUUCUCUGUAAAACCCUACUUUCUCUCCCUCUCUCUCAAAGUUGAUUCAAUCAGAGGAUUCAACAAUGGCAUCAAAACUUCAUCAAAUGCAAGCAAAGGCUACACAAGUUUCCAACCAUAUGCUGAAGAAUGGAAGUGCUCACUAUAAGCAAUUGAUAGAGAAGAACAAGCAACAUAUUCGGGAUCCUCCAACAGUGGAAACCUGCCAGAAUUUGGCUAAGCAGCUCUUUUAUACUCGCCUUGCCAGCAUUCCUGUUCGUUAUGAAGCCUUCUGGAAGGAACUUGAUUAUUUCAAGCACUUGUUGAAGCAUAGGCAUGAGCUGAAGAUCGAGGAUGCUGGCAUUGCUGCCCUUUUUGGGUUAGAAUGUUUUGCCUGGUUUUGUGCUGGAGAGAUAACUGGAAGAGGAUUUACACUGACUGGUUAUCACGUCUAGUGUACGAGUCCAACGUUCCUCGAGAUAAGUUGUUUAUUACCUGAAAAUCUUUUGAAAUUCUUGUGGUUUUGCUGUAUUUAGAACACUCCAACAAGGCCUUUAAAUUUUGUGGUGGAGCAUGAAUGAGGAUUUCACUAAGCUCUGGAUUAUUUUCUAAGAACCCAAGUUUGCAAACCGCAAAUGGAGUAAAAAAUUGACUUGGGAACCCUAUUGUUCGAGUAACAAGUUGGUCCUCAAAUAGUAGAGAAUGCAAUAGUUAAAAUUGUGGUAUCUUUUUUCACUUCGAAAAAACCAAUUCACAAAGUUGGAAAGACAUAAUAUCAGGAUUUUGCUUAUUUCUUUUA